CUCCCACAGGCUAUUGCCGACAUGGGCUACACCCACCUGACGGAGGUCCAGGCGCGAACCAUUCCAGCGUUGCUGACGGGGCGGGACGUGCUGGGCGCCGCCCGGACGGGCUCCGGUAAAACGCUGGCAUUCCUGGUGCCCUGCGCCGAGUUGCUCUACCGGGCCAAGUUUAUGCCGCGGAACGGGACGGGGGCCGUCAUCAUCUCACCCACACGAGAGCUGGCGCUGCAGAUCUACGGAGUGGCUCGAGACCUGUUCAAGUACCACACGCAGACGCAUGGCAUUGUCAUGGGCGGAGCUAACAGGCGCACUGAGGCCGAGAAGCUGGUCAAGGGAGUCAACCUGUUGGUGUCCACUCCGGGUCGAUUGCUGGACCACCUGCAGAACACACGUGGCUUUGUGUUCCGUAACCUGGCGUGUCUGGUGAUUGACGAGGCAGACCGGAUCCUGGAGAUUGGGUUCGAGGAGGAGAUGCGCCAGAUUAUCAAGAUUCUGCCCAAGGAACGACAAACCAUGCUCUUCAGCGCUACGCAAACUACCAAGGUGGAGGACUUGGCCCGCAUCUCCUUCAAGCACAAGCCGCUGUACGUGGGUGUGGACGACGGCCGCUCCGUGGCUACACGGGAAGGUCUGGAGCAGGGUUACUGUGUGGUGCCCGCGGAUAAGAAAUUCCUGUUGCUGUUCACUUUUUUGAAAAAGAACGCCAAUAAGAAGGUCAUGGUGUUCUUCAGCAGCUGCAACAGCGUCAAGUUCCAUUCCGAGCUGCUCAACUACAUCGACAUUCCCGUCAAGGACAUCCACGGAAAGCAAAAGCAGCAGAAACGGACCACGACCUUUUUCGAAUUCUGCCAGGCUGAAAAAGGCAUCCUGCUGUGCACUGACGUGGCGGCUCGAGGUCUGGACAUCCCGGCCGUUGACUGGAUCAUCCAGUUUGACCCGCCGGACGAUCCACGCGAAUACAUUCACCGUGUCGGCCGUACAGCCCGUGGCAAGGAGGGUCGUGGCCGCGCGCUGCUGCUGCUUCUCCCGGAAGAACUCGGCUUCCUGCGUUACCUCAAGGACGCCAAGGUGCCUCUGAACGAGUACGACUUCCCCGCCUCCAAGCUGGCCAACGUCCAGUCGCAGUUGGAGCGGCUCGUGGAGAAGAACUACUACCUGCAUCAGUCUGCCAAGGACGCCUUCCGGUCGACUAUUUUGGCGUAUAACUCCCAUUCGCUCAAGGAGAUCUUCAACGUCCACCGCCUGGAUCUUCAGGCGGUGGCGAGGUCAUUCGGGUUCUCCGUUCCGCCGAGGGUCAACUUGCAACUUGAGAGUCACUCGAGUCACUCGCGCAAGGCGGCUCGACUCAGUGGAGCGGGUGGGGGGCCCAAGGGCGGAGCUGAUUACCGGCGAGGCAUGGGUACCGGACACAAGUUCAGCGCGAGCAACCCAUAUGGCAAGCGAGAUGCCGGGGACAAGCGGCAGUUUGUGCGGAUUUGAUGUGGGCGGUGCAGUGAUGAUGUGAUGAUUGUUUGUCGGUAUGCUUUGGGACGUGCAUGAUGCGGGGGAUCUGUGCAUGUCUGUUUGUGUGUGUGUGUGUGUGUGUAAGGAGGUACAUGUGUGUUUGGCCGCGUCUUCCUUCUAGAAAGGACGUGUUCUAAUGAUCUGAGCAGCGAUAAGGAAAAUGAGGAGGUGGCAUCGUGGGCCAUGUGACGGCGAAGGAUUCAAUGCGUUAGGUUGGAUAGAUAUCGGCACGCUAAUACAGGCGGCUUUAGCUGGUCGCCGAUUCCUGGGGGUGGAAUUGGAGGAUGCGUGUUGAAUCCCGAUCGUCUGUCGCUGCUGCUUUGUUUGGUUUAGGAAGCAGAAAAAAUUAGAGAGGCGGGAGCGGCUGGGCGUGCGGAAGUGACCCCCGACAAGGCCAUGAGCUGGAAGAUGAUGAUGCUG